CAUACUUGUCAGUACAUUUUUGGCCACGGAAUUUAGUGGGUUGUAUGAGUUGUAUAAUUUUUGGUAGUUUGUUUGUCAGUGUUUAAAUUUAAUGAAAGGAACAGAAGCAUAACGAAGAAAUACGAGCAAAAUAAAAAAAAUCGUAACUGCGCGCUGUAAAUUUGUUAAAGCAAACACAGCGAAAAAUAUUAAUUGUUGAGGCAACAUAAAUAUUAAUUAAAGCUACAAAAUUAAAUUUCAAUUGAAGUUUGACAAAUUCUUAAAGAUGUCAAAGGCAAAAAAAAUGACAUUGCCGAGUAUCGAUGCAAUGGAUUUAAUAAUUUACAAACCAAAGGAUCUAAUUUGGGCUAAAAUGAAAGGCUUCCCACCGUGGCCUGCUAUGGUUGUUGAACCGCCAGUUGAUCUAAUAAACCAAACUCGUAAGGCUGAGUCUAAAUGCGUUUUCUUCUUUGGCACAAGAAAUUUUGCUUGGAUUGAGACUGCUAGUAUAAGACCCUUUGAGGGCACAUGGAAAGAGGAGUUAUCAAAAGUUGGUAAACCCAAUUCAUUUAAAGGAGCUAUGAAUGAUAUUGAAAAAUACAUAAAUAAUCCAGAGGAGAUAGACGCUAUGGUGAUGCUUAAUGUGGCUAAUCAUUCCUCUGAAGCUGAUUUCGAUAAGAUACGCGACGGCCUUAAUAACACCCAUGAAGAUGCUGAAAAUGGAGCUGCUGAUAAUGGUGUUGAAGAUGAUGUCGCUCAUAAAUCAGCAACAAAGCGUACACCAAAAUCUAAAACUGUAGUUGCUAGCACAUCAAAAGCUAAAUCUAAUUCAGCAUCAAAAUCGGCCACAAAGCGUCGUCGUUCAUCCAAAAUUAUUGCAAAUACCAAACGUAAGCGUGAUAACUCAGAAAGUGCUGGACAUGGCAUUAAUGAUGACUACAGUGCAGCUGAAAUAAAUGCAACACCAAUACGCCGCAAAAUUAACACUGAUGCAUUAAAUGCUAUUGGCAGCACAUCUCGUCGUAAUAUGAACACCAUUGCUUUAUUGGACCGCCCGGUGGUAUCACGCCCAGAAGCUCAAGCUAUUGAUAUGAAUGUACGUUCGCAGACAUUAGUUGAACGUGAUAUACAACCAUCUAAUUUGACAUUUGGCUUUCUUGGUUUAGGCGUAAUGGGUUCAACCAUUGUUAAGGAUUUAAUUUGCACAGGACACAAAGUUGUCGUUUGGAAUCGUACGAUGUCUAAAUGCAAACCAUUCUUGGAAGCUGGAGCCGAUGUUAAAGACACUCCAAUGGAUGUAGUUGAGGCUGCAGAUAUCAUAUUUUGCUGUGUUUCUGACCCUAAAGCUUCGAAGGAUCUUGUUUUUGGUAAUUGCGGGGUUUUACAGUUUAAGGACCUUUGCAACAAGGCCUACGUUGAAAUGUCAACAAUAGAUCCAGAAACUUCACAGGAUAUUGCUGAAGGUAUUACACAGUGUAAUGGUCGUUAUUUAGAAGUACAGAUCCAUGGCACCAGACAGGAAGCUGAAGAUGGCAUGUUAAUUAUUUUAGCUGGUGGUGACCGAACUGUUUUUGAGGAAUGUCAUUCCUGCUUUAAAACUAUUGCAAAGAAUACUUUCUUUUUGGGAGCUGAGGUCGGGAAUGCAUGCAAGGUGAACCUUAUUCUACAAACUAUUGUAGGUGUAAGCUUGGUCGGAUUGGCAGAAGCACUCGCAUUAGCUGAUCGUUUCUCAAUUUCACUAAAGGAUAUAAUUGAUAUUUUUGAAUUGACUUCGAUGAAAUCACAACUAUUGCUCGCAAAGGGAAAAGAGAUGGCCAAAGGUGACUUUAACCCACAACAACCAGUAAGUCACAUGCAGAAAGAUUUACGUCUUGUGCUAAGUAUGGCAGAAAAUUUGGAUCAGUCUAUGCCUGUUACAGCAAUAACGAAUGAAGUCUUUAAGCAUACAAAGCGGCUGGGAUAUAGUGAACAUGAUUCAAGCGCUGUUUUCGUAAGAUCCAGAUUUUAACAUUUAUUUAAUACUGCGACAUAUUAAUUAAUAAUUUUCUACAAAUUUAUCUUUACACACAACAAGAAUGAUUGUUUAAGUUUCUUUUUUCCUUUUUCUAUUAUUCUUUCUAUUAGUUAUAGAAUGUCUCCUUGACUUUAUUUUUGAAAAUAGUGAGGUUUAAUGAAAAAUAUUGUAUUUUUACACAAAAUUUUACAAAUUCAAAAAAACAAAAAAACAAAAAUAUCAAAAACUGACAAACAACUGACGUUAUACACACAUAUAUAUGUAAUAUCUAUUGUAUGUCGUAUAGUUAAGUACGCUGAAAUGAGUGUAUGCUAAACCAUAGAUUUAAGACGUGCUUAAAUAUAUCCACAAUUGCUUAUAAUUAAGCGAUUUCUCAAACAUU